AUGUCCGCCCAAGAAGAUAUCCACAAAGCUGAAGCCUCCAUCAACUCGUACCAAGCUAAGACGGGUCUCGGUCAAACCCAAAGUGAUUCCACAAUCAAUUCAGGUGUGAACGAGAAUGUCACUUCUCAAUUCCCAGGAUCGACAGUCCAGAUUGGAGGUACGAAGAGAGGUGAGAAUCCACUUAUACCAGAUGAAGAAGGUGGCGAGCAAAGUAAAUUAACUGGAAGACAAACCCACGCAAAUGAUUUCGAAGGUGAUGGUGGACCUGAGGACAAGGUCAAAGUUGCCGAGGCUCAAAGACCAGGAGAUCAAGAUGUUAGUGGUAACAUCAGGGGAUAG